AUGAUCCUGCUAGUCUCAUUCUUAUGCUGUGGAUUUUCGGUCAUUUCUGGGCAGCAGGAUCCUGAAUUCUUGGCCAAGGAAUUGCAAGAGGCUGAGAUUACGGAUUACAACCUCAUUGACAAUCCAACGAUAUUUUUUUCUCCAGCAGAUGUUGCCUCUCCACCACCUUCAACUGUUGUUGGCCAGACCAAAACUUUGGCCAAAGUCACCUUCAGUCCAACAGUGGUCCAGCAAGCAAAGAUUGCAAGGAAUGGCAUUCUGGGAGAUUUCACCAUCAGAUAUGAUGUCAACCGGGAGCUGAGUGUUGGGGAUGUCCAGGUUUUCAAUGGAUACUUUGUGCACUACUUUGCUCCCAAAGACCUCCCUCCGCUUCCCAAGAAUGUUGUCUUUGUCCUUGACAGCAGCGCCUCCAUGGUGGGAACGAAGCUGAGGCAGACCAAAGAUGCCCUGUUCACCAUUCUCCAGGAUCUCAGACCCGAGGAUCACUUCAACAUUAUUGGCUUCUCCAAUCGAAUCAAGGUGUGGCAACAUGACCAACUAGUGCCUGUGACUCCCAACAAUAUCCGAGAUGCAAAGAUCUACAUCCACAACAUGUCCCCUUCUGGAGGCACAAACAUUAAUGGGGCCCUCCAAAUCAGCACGAAAAUACUCAAUGACUACAUUGCCCAGAAUGACAUUGAGGCACGAAGCGUCUCUCUGAUUAUCUUCCUGACCGAUGGGCGGCCCACAUUUGGGGAAAUAGAACCAACCAAAAUCAUCAACAACACCAAGGAGGCCAUCCGUAACAAGUUCUGUCUCUUUACCAUUGGGAUCGGCAAUGAUGUGGACUACAAAUUGCUGGAGAGGUUGGCACUGGAGAACUGCGGGAUGAUGCGACGUGUACGGGAAGAGGAGGAUGCCGCAGAACAACUGAAAGGAUUCUACUAUGAAAUCGACACACCUCUUCUUUCCGACAUCCGGGUGGAUUAUCCAACUGACAAUGUGGCUCAAGUCACCCAGAACCUCUUCCCCAACUACUUCAAUGGAUCUGAAAUCGUCAUUGCUGGAAAACUCUUCAACAAAACAGCCAACAGAUUACAUGUAGAAGUGACAGCCAGCAACAGCAACAAGUACGUCCUUCUAAAAACCGACGUGGCCAUUGAUCUCUCUGGCAAGAACCAUAUUGGCGGAGCUUCCAAUGUUGGAGGCUCAACUAAUGGUCAGAACUAUGUGGAACGGACUUGGAGCUACCUCACCAUCAAGGAGCUGUUGGCAUCCUGGUUGAAGAGUGACAGCAAUGAGGAGAAGGAAUCUCUGAGAGAGAAAGCCAAGGAGCUGGCCCUCAUGUACCACUUUGUCACUCCUUUCACAACCUUGAAAAUGAAGGAGCUUGCCCUUCAAGCAGAGCUCCCAAAAGAGGUCUAUGUUGGCCCAUUGAUGGAAGGAGUUGAAGGAAUCGUACAGGGACUGCAAGGUCACCGAGCACCGACUGCAUUGGACUCUGUCUCUGGAAGGCCAGCGAAGCAAAAAGUCAAGGUCACAAAAACAUCAGCGGAUGGUGACCCCCAUUUUGUUGUCGACUUCCCCUUGAGCAAGCUGGCGGUCUGCUUCAACAUUGACGGAGAACCAGGAGAUAUCCUCAGGCUGGUUUCUGAUCACAAGAAUUCUGGUGUGACCGUGAAUGGCCAGUUAAUCGGUGCUCCCGCCCCACGUAAUGGCCACAAGAAACAUAGAACCUACUUCAGGAGCAUCACCAUUCUCAGUAGCAAACCAGAGAGAGCCUACCUGGAGGUCACGCCCACAAAGCUUAUUUUGGAUGACGGAAAGAGACUUGUCUUGCCUUGUGACCGCACUGCCAUGGUGGCCAGCAAGAACCUCGAGGUCUCCAUCUUUGCCCGUUCCAACGUCACCGUGGUCCUCCGGGGCACCAUUGGCUUUGUCAUUCUGAUCCACCAUUACAAGAAUCCUGCCCCGUACCAGAAGGAUCAUUUGGGAUUCUACGUCUCCAGCAGCAAAGGCCUUUCUACAAACUCCCAUGGCCUGAUUGGUCAGUUCUUACACCAAGAUGUUAAACUUACCCAAGAGCCAUUGAGACCAAGUCCUUUUACGGGCAGCUGGAACCAAACCAAAGGCGUGGAUAUGAAUUCUGGGAAUACAUUAUUAAAACUGAAAGGGCGUAUGGUUCCUGUUGUGUGGAAACAGCGGAAGAUCUACAACGGUGAACAGGAAGUGGACUGUUGGUUUGCCAAGAACAAUGCAGAGAAACUGAUAGAUGGAUGCUACAAGGAUUACUUGGCCUCUCACCCUUUUGACACAGGGACUGGCUACCUGAUGGAGAACAGGCUCUGAAGACAAAGAACACGGCUGGUUUUUAACACAUGCAGAACCAGUCAUCCUCAGAGAGACUCUUGCACUUUGACUGUUAACCACCAAAGAAACCAAAAUGAUUUCUUCUUUUUUUAAAAAAAAAUCAGAAUUCAGUUCAUAGCAGUCUAUUCCAUGAGUACUAGGAAGGACGCUUUCAACAAGUGACUCCACUAAGGUUUAAUGCUAGGUUAAAACACAUCUGCACAGAUACAUAGUCUUUUAUAUACAUGAUUUAUUUCAGCAGGAGUCUCAGGACUGCGUCACAUGGAAACCUGACAUUGCUGAUGGGCUAGUGAUGGUCCCAUUACAAAGUAUUAUGUGCCUCCCAAUAUUAGAUUGGCUCCCCACUGUGAUUCCACCAUUCCUGUCUUUCAAUGGGCAAAAUCCAUCUAUAGCAGUGGUUCUCAGCCUGUGUGUCCCCAGAUGUUUUGGACUACAACUCCCAGAAAUCCCAGCGAGUUUACCAGCUGUUAGGAUUUCUGGGAGUUGAAGGCCAAAACACCUGGGGACCCCCAGUUUGAGAACCACUGAUCUAUAGUUUCCAAUCCCACAAUGUUCAUAUUGCCUACCUUGGUGCGAUGGAUCCUUUUCCCUUCUGUGCCAGGAUGCCAGCAGUAAAGUGAUGUCACAGAGCAGGAGCCUCUCCUCUCCCCUUACUAUUCUGGCUAUUUUCCUUUAAUUUUAUACACAUCUGUAUAAAAUACAGAUUGUGAUUGCACUAUUUGAUUACUGAAACAGUGCAAUUGCUUAUAUAUAGUAGUGCAGAAACAGUGGAGUGGGUUAUGAGGAUAUGUGGAAAUAUGAGGGUGAUCCGGAUUUUUUUUUUUGUCGUGUCAGGAGUGACUCCUGGUGUGAGAGAAUUGGCUGUCUGCAAGGACGUUGCCCAGGGGACGCCCGAAUGAUUUGAUGUUUUAUCAUCCUUGUGGGAGGCUUCUCUCAUGUCCCCGCAUGAGGAGCUGGAGCUGAUAGAGGGAGCUCAUCCGCCUCUCCCCGGAUUCGAACC